CUUUGCGGCAGACACGCGAGAACAGCGAACGAGGCAACAACGCGCGUAAAACAGAUACGGUGGAUCACUUAACGAAAUUCGAAAUUCUUUAACACUUUGUAUUGCGAGCGUCUAGAUUAAACAAAGUAUCUGGUGCGUCACUUGGCCAAACCUGGUGGCUGAAUUCAUUUUUACAAAUAAUAUUUUAUGUGUAGCAAAUUCAAACACUCUAUACAGAAAAUUAUCGGUGUUUGCGACACAUAUAGUCAAAUAGGCAAUGAAAGUGAAAUAUUUCUUAUUCUGUGAAAAUUCUUAAACACAAACAGAAAAACGAACAAAAUAUGACGCGGUGAACAAUCGCAGACAAGAACGCGAAUGUGCCGGUUCACAGUGCGAAUUCGUGCGAUUCUCAGCUGAACGUAAAAAGCGAAAAAAACGUAUAUGUACAUCUGAUGGAAAACGUAGAAAAAAAUCUAGAAUUCGCUGAACUUCACCUUAACGUCCAAUAAAUAUCCGUAUAAUGCUAGCUUACAUCUGCCUAUACAUACAUACAUAUGUACAUCGCAUACAAAUUUGCAUGUGAACUCACAUACUUUUAGCAUUCUUCUUGGGAGUGUGUGUGAUUGACUUGUUCGAAAAGCCGUGCAUUUGUAAACGAUGAACACAUUGUCGAGUCUGUGAGAAUCAAGUGGCCGGAGCGCGUGGUCGAAUUUUCAACGGCAUCAAAAGUUAUAUUUGGAUUUCCCACCAGCACGGUGACACAGGAGCACCUAGCUGCCAUUACAAAUAGAUAAAACACUUUCGGGUUUCCCGAUAUCUCUUGUCUCGGUGUCCAUGCCGUAGCCAUUGCAAAUAAGUGGGCGUCAGACAUACCUUGACGCGUUCUUUAAACUUGGCAACUGUCUAGACGCUAACAAAACGAACGUGAGAAGCUCAGUAUUCCAUAAAUAAAAAAAAAUCGCGCUUCAUUAAAAAAAAAAAAAAUCAAAAACAUCGUCGCGAUAUACCACCAACAGUUAGUACAAAUUAUAUUUUAUGUCUUUUCUUGAAUAAUAAAAAACAAGCACUAACCGUGGAGCUGUAAAGUAUUUGAGACGACUAAGUGAAUAAAAAAUUAUAUCAUCACAACAAAAAUAAAAUUUAAUAUUCUUGAAUGAGAGUGAGAGCAAAUAAAGCAAAAAUAAGUGAUACACUUUGUGUGAUCGUCAGUUGAAUUUUCUAAUCUUAUUCUACUCAUCAGCUUCUAAGCGUACACAAACAUACAUAUGUAAAGUAUAUAUUCGUGGUAGUCUACUGAUCCAUAAACACAUUUCAACAAUGUAUAAAACAGUUGUUCAAAUUCGAAUUUAUAGUAUCAUAUUUAUGAAAAUGUAUAAGCAAUUUCCAAACGUUUUGAUUAUUUAACCUACUCCGCGAAUAGAGAUUUGCUGAACUCAUUAAUUGGGUCAUUCAUCAGCUUCACAGACAUUCGCUUUCAGCUGCAGCACCUUCCUCUCUACCCUCUACGCCCUCUAAAAAUAAUAACUAUCCAAGGCGUCGGAUAGCAGUAAGCUCAACUGAAAAACUGGGUACAGCAACAACUCCGUCGGCUGACACAGCCUUUGGCAAGGCAUUUAAUAAGGCACGAGACCUGCAAUACAUCGAUAUAUUUAUGUUUAUAUUUUUAUGUAUGUAUGCACAUACAUAUGUAUAUUAUGCGCAUACGCAAAUACCCUGGAAUUUGCAAGUGGAAACAGCAACAGCUUAACUAACAAAACCAGCAACAAUUGAGUGGAAAUAAUUGGCAUUGUAAAACAUUACUAUACGUCGCCUUAAUGACUGUCAUUUAACAGUAAGGCUAAUUGGCUGAGCAAAUACAGGCAGCACAGAAGAAGAUAGGCAUCAGAUGAAUUUUUCUAACUGAAAGCGCAGUAAAGUGCACCAAAUUAAGUCAAAACAUGCAUACAUACAUACAUGGGACAUAGAUAUGCAACAUGCACAUGUUUGUACAUACAUACACACAUAUAGGUAUAGCUUAGGGAUGUUAGCUAAGUGAACGCAGUGGCACCAAAAAGGUGAAAAAGUGAAAAUUUUAAAAAUGAAAAAAUGUAAAAGUGAAUGCAAAUAAAAAGAGAAUUAAAUAAAAUACCACAGAGUCAUCUGUACACGGUACGAGUACUCCAGUAUUUCCUGCAUUUGCGGCUCCCUCUUCUCGUCAAGAACUAAAAAUGCAAACACUAUUUGCUCUUGUUGCGUUAAUUUGCUUCAGACUGCAAAUGGCCCAACCGUUAGCCACCAGCUAUGAUUACGAUAUACAGCGUGGUGAAGAAUUUGCAGAUUCCGAAAAUCUAGUUCACCAGAAUCAUGAACGCCAUGGGACAUCGCAUUUUCGACCAUCACACAGCAUUAGGCAUAAGCAGCACUUUGCAAUUAAUAACACAGAAACUGCUACAGAAUUACCAACACCAGUGCCAAAUGCAGGCACAACUGAAAAUUCAAAUUUUCAUCAGCAUUUACACCAUCAACAUCAGAAUAAACACGAACAUUCUAAAUCGGGAUUGCAAAUAGAACUGAAUAAUCGUCUUCAUCGGCAUUACAACAGCCAUAAUCAGCAACGACAUCAGGAGCAUAAUUCGAUGCAAACUCAACGCUCCUACAGUCGUACGCGUCACAAGAUCGCUUCCAAGCCUAUGAAUGCAAUGACGGCAGAUAACAACACAAUAACCACUACUGAAGACUUUAAAAAUACAGCCGGCACAAUGGGUUUGGUUAAGCCGACUUCACAUCCCACACAUGUGACAACAAACUCGGCAAACACAAUUACCCUUGAUGAGACGAACAAAAGUAUGCAAAAUGUUUACCACCAACCGGUGAUACGGCAGCAGCAGCACAAGCAACACAGGCAGAAACUGCAUCACAAUCAUCAAAAAAUGCAACCAAAAUCAAAUUCAAGUGAAACGAAAAUUACUAUGCCAUCAGUUAAUGAAAUUCAACCGAACUUGUCUGAAAAUUCGGAACAGUUUCGCCAGAAUGAAAAGGUAGUGGCGCUGCGGUCUGUGGGUUAUCUACUCUCAAGUAGCCACAUCAAAGAAGGUACUGGUAGUAACGUCACGGCCUCAGUAUCAGUAGGCGGUAGUACGGAGAAUAUUGCCGGUCCAGCCUCAGAAUCGAAUAGUGGUCUCUCGGCAGCAGACGUCAGCAAUGAAAGAGGAACCGUGUAUAUGGACGAUGAAACUGAGUAUUAUGAUUACACCGGUGAUGAUGAGCCAAAUGCUGAUCAGCACGACUACCAACACGUACUUACUGCGGUCGACAUUGGCUACGAUUAUGACAGCGGCAUUGACGGCGAUGAUGCCGAGUGGCACGUUAAUGCCGCAAACAAUUUAAAAACCGAUCAUCAUCAGCAUUUACGGCUCUACCAAGAGCAAAGGCGGCCGCAAAGGUACCGGCAACAGCAGAAGCAACCACAAAAUGAGCAAGGUGAACACUCCCGGGUGGCACGCGAUCAUCACCGUGUGCAAUCGGAGCAGUUUCACAACAACCAUUUAGUAUAUGACGCACACUCAGAUGAUGAGUAUCCCGACGACGAGCCUUAUAGAGACUCAAGUGAACAAUUUUCAAACCGGCCUGGUGAUUUAACAUUUCAAAAAUAUCGUGAAUUGGGUACCAUGCAAGCUGUGCAGCAAUCUCGUGAUUUAUAUAUGCAACGCCACAAAUCACCUUCCGACUUGGCCACUGAGCAUAUAAACCGCAUGAAAGUGGCUGCCAGAUGCAACCGCCCGCUUCCGCGUGUAUUUCACGUUUCCAAUGACACAUCCAAGACUUAUGUGCCCUCCUGCACCAUUUUGCAUCGUUGUGGCGAGGAUACGGGUUGCUGCCGCUCCAUGGGACAAGUGUGCACUGUCAAGACGUACGAGGAUGUGCCACUCCAUUUUAUUGUUAUUCAAGUAAACUCCAGUAACUCUCGGCGUCAAACAGAAAUAGAAAUUUUAUGGCUACGCAACGACACUGAAUGCCACUGCAUAAAUCGUACAGAUUUGACCUCCACUCCAGAGUUCAUCACCCGGGACAAGCGUUCUGGUUUCACUUUUAGACGCCGAAGACCGCCGUACUUCGACGCUAUGGAUUCACAAAGUAAUCAGCUGGAAGAUCGCAGUGACACUGAAGAGAAUACUGAAAAUUAUCCAGAUGACGUUUGUCGCUGCCCUAGGCAUUUUAACGUAUUUCAACAGGAUAUUGAAUUGCAAUCGGUUCAACAGCACCACGAACAACAUUCUCAUGGUGCUCCCACAGUGAAUUGCUUCUGUGACUGUGCAAAUACAAAUACACCAUGUCAGCGCCUCAAAAAUGGCGAAGAAGGUUUUGCAAUGGACGAUCGCAGAUGUAUUGCGGACCGGAUUUGUAGUGUGCCCAAUUGCCACUUUGGCACCUAUAAUGAACAAAUGGGCCGAUGCCCCCGUCCAAGCAGGAAGCAUAAACGGCACAACAAUGGGUUCGGUUAAGCUAUAAGUAGUAGUUAAAGUUAGAUAAUAUUUUACUUUAAAUAUAUUUAUACAUGUAGUUUUUGCGAAAUUUUGUACAUACAAAUAUUUUUAUAACUUAAUGCAUUUAACAUUAUCAUUUAAGAAAAAGUUUAAAUUGUACAAUAUUACGAGGCCAGUUUCCUUAUGUAUGUAUUUGCUUUCACCGACUGAAAUGUAAAGCAAUUAUAAAUUAAUAUAUGGUAAAUCCCUCGCUGUGUAUAAUUUGAUAUUUAAUUUACUCAUUAAACACACCGUAAAAUAAUACAAUACUAAUUUGUAUUAGAAUGUAUAUGUAUGUAUUGUAUGUGGAUCGAUUUUAACUACAAAUAUGAAUUUUAUAUUUAUUCAAUAGCUCAUAAGAUUGCAAUCUAAAAUAUUUUUUAUGAAAAGUCAGAAAGUAAAUAGUAAUAUGGAAAACUUUAUUAGUGUUUGCUUUAUUAAGUUAAUGACGAUACAGGGUUUGAUUGAAAAGUAAUGAGCCUUAUUUUUUUAAGCAGUUUUAUUAAACCUUUUGGCUUAUACAACUAAUAUUCUUCAAAAUAGGACCCUUGAGCGUCAAUACACCGCUGGUAGCGGUUCCUCCACUGCAGGAAACAUUUUUUAAACUCAUCCGCCGGAAUCGCGUUCAAUUCGGCUGUCAUAGUUUUUUGGAUCGCCUCGAUGGAGUCGAAACGCCUCCCCUUCAGCUUUCUUUUCAGGCGCGGGAACAAGAAGAAGUCCGGAAGGGACAAGUCUGGGCUGUAGGGAGGGUGGGGAAGCACCGGAACCCCCAUCUUGGCCAAUGCAGAGGUGCAGAGGAAGGCGGUGUGCGCCGGCGUAUUGUCGUGAUGAAGGGUUCAAUUGUUGACGAGGUCGGGCCGAACCCGGGCGACGCGGUUUUUCAGCCGAAGGAGCACUUCUUUGUAAAAUGCCGCGUUUACAGUGCUUCCAGGUGUGGUCGAUACCUCGAGAGUCGAAAAAGAUGAUCAGCAUGGUUUUGACCAAUGAUUUCGUCUUCGACGUCCUCCCGGCCUUCCUUGAACGACUUGUGCCACCGUUUUACCUAGGCACUGGACAGAGAUUGGUCCCCGUAAGCCUCCUUGGGUAGCCCAAGGGUUUCGGUACUCGUUUUGUUUAGCUUUACGCAAAAUUUGGUCGAGUAAAGUUGCUCCAACGAUCGCUGCAUUUUCGUGACUGCAAAAUCCUAACACUUUUAAACAGCUUUCACGCGCGGAGCGAUGUUGCCUGCAUCGCUGUUGCCAGCGAACUGCGACCGGUUUCUAGUGGAAGGGGAAGGUCUAACGAUCAUUUUCCCCCACCAGUCAAUUCGGUUGAUUGCUUGGCAGACGCUCCGUGCGAGAAGGCUCAUUACUUUUCCAUCAAACCCUGUACGUCUAUUGAUUUCAAAACUGUAUCCAGAAGAUAGGCGUUCAAUUAUUCGCUUUAUGUAUGUCUCAUGUAGUUCAUAUGUGACCGUUUAUGCAUUAUUGUUGUAAUUCGAAUUAUAUAAUCCCAUAUAAAGUCCCAGCUAUUCUACACUCAAAUACUAUAACCGGUUAUUUUUUAAUUUUAUAUAAUUAUAUUAUUUUCACAU